AUGAGUGACAAAGGCAGUGUCAAUAUUGCUGAAAACACCGACAAUGUUAAAGGUUCCUCAGUCGAAGGCGCAGGCUUCACUGAAGCCGACACCAAAAGACUGAUCCGCAAAAUCGACUGGUCUAUCAUUCCAUUCGUAUCUCUCCUCUACCUCCUCUCGUUCCUCGACCGCACCAACAUCGGCAAUGCUCGUCUGGAUACCCUCGAGUUAGACCUCAACAUGUCAGCAGAGAUCCCAUCCAACAUGGGUAUGAAGCGGUUCAGGCCCUGGAUAUGGAUCCCCUCUAUGAUGGUCGUAUGGGGUAUUUGCUGCACCCUGAUGGGUAUAGUGCAUAACUACGCUGGUCUGUUGGCUGCGCGAAGCUUCCUUGGUCUAGCAGAGGGUGGUUUGUUCCCGGGAAUUGCCUACUAUAUCACCAUGUGGUACCGUCGUCAUGAGUGCGGCUUUCGAAUGGCGAUUUUCUUCUCUGCUGCGACGGCUGCUGGUGUAUUCGGCGGCUUUCUCGCCCGUGGUAUCAUGGAGAUGCGAGGUCUUGCAGGCCUGGCUGGCUGGCAAUGGAUCUUUAUCAUCGAAGGUCUUCUCACGGUAGCAGUUGCACUGGCCUCAUUCAAGCUAAUGGCAGAUUAUCCCGACCGAGCCAAAUUUAUAACAGACGCAGAGAGGAAACAUAUUCAAGAACGCCUGAUGCUUGAUCGAUCGGGGCUAGCCGAGGAGUUCGAAAUGAAGUACGUCUGGGAUGCGUUCAAAGACUGGAAGAUCUGGGUACACAUGCUUAUCGCAACUGGCACAUUUACCGGAGUGUACUCCUAUUCUCUCUUUUUACCCACCAUCAUUCGCGACCUCGGGUAUUCCAGUACAACUGCCCAGCUUAUGAGUACUCCUCCUUAUUUGGUCGCGUGCUUUGUGUGCGUUGUGGCUGGCUGGUGGGCGGACAAGAUCCAACAGAGAGGAAUAUUCAUGAUUGUAUUCAUCACCAUGGCUGGACUUGGCCUCAUUCUCCUCAUGGCCGUUCGCCAUUCUGGAGUUCGCUACUUUGGCUGCUUCCUCCUCGCCUCGGGCAUAUUCCCAUCUGUUCCCCAAGGCAUUGCCUGGAACAGCAACAACAUCGGUGGAUCACUCAAGCGAGGCGUCGGCAUCGCGAUGAAUGUGAGCUGUGGCAACUUGGGCGGCAUCAUUGCGUCCUACCUGUUCCUGACCAAGGAUGCCCCAAGAUAUUUCCCAGGCUUUGGUACUCUCUUAGGCUGUCAGGGGAUGGCAUUGAUCUUGUCUAUCUGGAUGGCUAUCUACCUACGUCGUGAAAAUGCUCGCCGGGAUGCUACGCAUAAGGAUCCUAGCUUGUAUACCGAAGACGAAAAGCAUGCUGAGCGGGAGAAAGGUGAUGAUGCAACAUUCUUUCGGUAUACAAUCUAG